CAUUGUCUUCAUGUCUUGACCCACGUUCCAACUACGAACCGUAUUUGUCAGUUAGAAGUGCCUGCAAUUACGCUCCAGCAUUUAGAUCUAGAAUUACGACAGAGGAACAAACAUCACAGUCUGCACUGUCUCACUACGUGGCUUGUCAGUUGUCCACAACCUGGCUAAAAUCCCAUCGUCAGUCGGCUUUGUUUAACAACUUCACCCACCAUGGACAUUAUUAACUGGGUUGACAUCAUCCUGCUGCUGACUGUACAAACUCACUUCGUUUUAUCAGACGAUGCUCCAGUUUUACACGGAAAAAAUUCACUUAGAACUGUGGAUGGAGUCAACAGCUCGGCUGAAGCUCUCGCUCGCCGUGAAGUCAAAAUUACCGAUAACUUUCAAACAUAUCAGAAAACUUGUGACAGGAAAUCGAUGUCUGAUGAUUUACCAGAAAGGGCGAUCAUGAAAUCCGAAAUUGGUGUAGAUGUGAUGUGUGAUACCAAAACUGAUGGCGGAGGGUGGAUUGUGAUUCUGCGACGUAACAAAAUGGAUGUUGACUUUAAAAAAAAAUGGGUGGACUACAGAGAUGGUUUUGGUACAUAUGCUGGCGACUAUUGGCUUGGACUUAAACAUAUGCACAAACUAACAUCGAUGGGACGAUGGGAACUAAGAAUUGAGAUGACAUUCAGGAAGAUCGACUACUACGCCCAAUACGAAUCGUUCAAAAUCGGAAGUGAGUCAGAGUAUUUUCCCCUUCGCAUUUCUGGCUUUUCAGGAAAUGCUUCCGACGACUUGAAAUAUCACAAUGGCGGCAGAUUUUACACUAUAGAUUAUAUCGACGAAAUGGGUUGCGCUGCCAAAUUUAGAACGGGGUGGUGGUUCCAGAGGUGCCUACUUGUAAACUUGAAUGGUGAUUACCGUAGGACGCAGUAUCAGGGAGGAAUACACUGGAAGGGUGUGGAUGGUUACCAUUCAUUAGGUGCAGCUGAGAUGAAAAUAAGAAAGAAACCUAGAACGUCACCUGGGAUUUCAAGUAAUUAGCAGAUAAAUAAUGUGUUCAACGGAUUCACCAAGUACAUCACAUACAUUGGACAUGUCAAAAUUGUUGAAAAAUAGCAAAAAAAAAAAAAAAAAAGUCAAAAGCUUCUACUCGAUUCCUAGUUAUUUUGUCUGUGUUUUGUCAUAAUGUGUUGAAACAUACCAGCGAAAUUUCAACCACCUCUGACGGGCCGAUUUACUUCAACUAGACACUUAGGUCAAGAUCGGAUCACAAUGCAAAGUGUUUAUUUUUAUUUUUUUAUUUUUAGUAUACAAUUAUUUUGUCUAAAAAGCGUGUUAUUAAAUAUUGUAUUUU